AUGGAGGGGAGCAGCAGCACGGCAAUGUCAAUGUCGAUGGAGGCGCUACAGAUGGCCAUGGCGGAUGACGUGGACCAAUGGGAUGCCGCGGACGACCCGCAGGGAACCCUCAGCAUGAUGGCCAUGCUCCUGGGCGGCGGGGAUGCGAGUUUGGGCGGCACAAACGACGUUUUCCUGGGCGGCAGUGACUUUCAUUUGGGCGGCGCGAGUGACAUGCUGCUGGGCGGCACGUCAUUGGAAGAUCUACUGGGUGGCGGUACCCACAGCGGCAGUGGCGGAUGUAUUGGCGGCGGAAUUGGCGGCAGAAUUGGCGGCGGCAUGGUGCACGGCGAAGGCCAGUGCGGCCCCGCGAUGGGAUUCGACAACCGCAUUGCCAGCGUCGCCGCCCAAGGCCAUCUGGACGGAGCUCUUCUCGAGGCGGCUUAUAACGGGGCGCCUAUGAUGGGCGCCGGUGCUGAGUAUGAUCAGUAUGCGGGUUUGCCUCGUGGCAGCCAUGGGCCCGUCAUUUGCGCUUCAGCUGGUCAGUGGGACUUCUCGGAGGAGCAAGCACACAACGCCUCCUUCGUGGGGCAGAGCAGCAUCGUCGGUGUUGACUCGUCCGCUGUACUCGGUACAAGCAGCCUCGUUGGUACGCACGCACACUCCGCCAUUGCUCCUGAUUCCACCAACCUGUGGAUGCUGCAGCAGCAGCAACAGCAGCAGCAGGAUCAACAGCACCUGCUGCUCCAAUCCGAGCCUGACACACAGGCUUGGCCGGACCUGAAGCCACCAGCGGACCUGAAGCCCGAGCGGAGGGCCCUGGUGGUGCAGUCGUGUGACUAUAAGGGGGGAAGGGGCGGAAAUCAAGGUGCUCGCCUGCUGCAGAUGCCGCCCGGGGUGCGCCUUGCGCCGCCCGUGCCUGCGCUUGCCACUGCUGCUACCACAACUGACGCCGCAGCUUUGGGGAACUCUGCUUCUGCUUCUGCUGCUGCUGCUGCUGCUGCUGCUGCUGCUGCUGCUCCCAGCUCGAAUAUGAACGCGAGUGUGCGCAUGAUGCUGCCAAGGGCCAGCACGGCGCCUGCAAAUGCUGCUCCUCUGGGGAGCGCAGCAGUAGCGGCAGGGGCGGCGGAAGUGGGGGACGGAUCCUUUCUGGACAGCUGCGGUGUUGUGGGGAGCGGCAUGUGGCGAAGCCACAGCAGCAGCAGCCUGAGUAGGCCGGUGGCCGUGUGGGCGUGCGAGGCGGGAGUGAGUGGCGCAGCGGAGAAGGGAGGUGCGCAUGCUGCAUUGAGUGGUUUGCUGGAGUGCCAGGGGGAGCUGCAAGCAAAUGAGGGCGUUGCUGCUGCUGCUUUCGGUGUUGCUGCUGCUGCUGCUGCUGCUGCUGGUGCCAGCAGUGCUGCUGGCAGUGGUGGUGCGAGUGCAGCAAGGGCGGGGAUGCGCAAGAGUCGCAGCAGCAGCAGCGCCAGGCCUCGUGUCACUCAACUGGGCGCUCGGGGAGGCAGCAAGCGAGCAACAGCCGGCAGUGGCAUGAGCCAAAGCCGCAGCAGCCACGUCCUGCUCACCACCUCUGCUGCUGAUACCCCAACCCCUGCUGCUCCCGCUCCUCCUUCCCACUCUACUCCUCUUCCUGCUGUUGCUGCGGCCACUGCCGGUGCCAGCAUUGGUGGAGUGCAGAAGACUGGCGAGGCAGGCCCUGGCUCACCAGAGUCGGAUCUUCCAUCCUUCCAGCGGGAGAACCAGGCCCUGGCUCAGGCACUGCUGCGCGAUGCUGACCUCGGCUUCUCACCUCCUUCCCAAACUGCUGCUGCUGCUGCUGCUGCUGGUGCUGGUAGUGCUGGUGCUGUUGGUGGUGCUGCUGCUGCUGUGGGCUCAUAUGACGUCAGCGGAAGCAUGAGCGGAGGAGGGGCGACAGGCGCCGGAAUGAGCAGCUGCAGCCUGGGCGGCGAGACGAGCUUGGGCGGCACCAGCAUUGGUGGCACGAGCCUGGGCGCGCGCACGAGCAUGGGCGGCGGGACAAGCACGGGCGGGGGGGCAGCAACGGGCGGCGACAGCAGCGACCCGGAGGAGCAAGGGUUGGCGAAGGGCACGUGGUUACCGGAGGAGGACGGGGUGCUGAUGGAGUAUGUGCGCUGCCACGGCCCUCGCAACUGGGGCACGCUUAGAGCCCGCGGGUUGUUGAGACGCUCAGGCAAGAGCUGCCGGCUGCGGUGGGUCAACCAGCUCAAGCCCGGGCUGCAGAGGUACGGAGGCAAGGGAUGCAAACGGUUCAGUGAGGCGGAAGCAAGCGUGGUGUUGGCGCUGCAGAGAGCCGUAGGCAACAAGUGGGCGCACAUCGCCCGCCACCUGCCCGGGCGCACGGACAACGAUGUCAAGAACUUCUGGAACCUGCACCUCAAGCGACAGGCCCGCCUGCGCGCUCGGGGGGGAGGGGCGCGCCUUGGGGGGGACGGUGAUGGGGAGGAGCGGGAUGGGGGUGAGGCGGAUGGUGGUAACCAGAAUGAUGAUAACCAGACUGGUGGUAACCACACUGUUGGUAACCUGACUAGUUUUUACCAGAGCAGUGGAGACCAGAAGGGUGAUAAGCAAGCCAGAGGUGACGGUGGUGGUGAUGGGGGCUGCGACAGCAGCAUGAACAGUGGCAGCCCAGGGCAUGGGGGUGAGAUGGUGGCGAGUGAGGGUGGAAGUCCUGGGGCACAUGUUGGUCAUGAGGACGUUGCAUGUACCAAUGACACGGCAGGUACCGAUGUCAAGCCCCUUCCUCAUGCUUCCCCCGCGCCUGCUACCACUGCUGCUGCUGCUGCUGCUGCUGCUGCUGCUGCUGCUGCUGCUGCUGCUGCUGCUGCCACUGUUGCUGCUGCAACCACUGCUGCUGCCUCUGCUGCUUCCGGUGCUGGUGCAGCAGCAGUACCCGGUGAGGAGAAAGGAAGCAAGGGCGUGACCACCAACACUCCCACUCCACCGAACACAGAGGCAGGACCUGCCUCCACCCCCACUCUCCCCGUCCCCUCCUCCCUACCGCCCCACAUGCACCAACACGCAAAACCACUCCUCCCGCGCGCCCGCCCUUCUUCCUCCUCCGGGCGGCCUCUGUCGGCCGGCAGCCGCCCGUCUUCCUCGUCCGGGCGGCAGUCAAAGCUGUCGCUGCACCAGAGGCGCCUGCAGCGGAACUCCUCUGGCGGAGGGGGGAGUGGUCUAGGCGCAACUGGCGCUGCUGGUGGGGGGGGAUGUGCACGCUGUGCUGGUUGCCGCAAUGCCGCCGGUAACAACAACGGGGUUGACAGCAUGACCGGCACUGGUGCUGCCACUGUUGCCGCCGCUGCUGCUGGUGCGACGGGGAGUGGCGACGAGGAGCGGGCAGCAGGGAGUCCCAGGGAGGCCGGAGGGGAAGCUGGGGAAGCCAUGGACGUGGCGGGCGCUGGGAGCAGCCUCUCUGCUCUCAAGAUAGGCGAGCCCAACGCGCAGCUGAGCACACUGAUCAACCUAGAGGACUGGAUCAACUCUCCUUCACCCGCUGCUGCCGCUCCCCCUCGCCGUACGGGCUGCUCGCCCUUCUACAUCAACCUCUCCCCCUCCGCCCGCCGCCUCCGCUCCCCCGGCUCCCCCUCCCCGCGCUCCCUCUACCUCCGCUCCCCCUCCCCGCGCUCCCUCUACCUCCGCUCCCCCUCCCCCCGCGCCCUCGCCUCCCCCCGCGCCCUCGCCUCCCCCCGUGCCCUCCCCUCCCCCCGCCACCGCGCCUCCCCAGCCCAUCGUGUCUUCCCCCACCCGCCCCCCCACCCCUCGCCCCGCCAUUCCCCCCUCUCGUCCUCCCCUUCCCCCCAUAACAACCACUCGGGGUCCCAACCAUCCCCUCUCUCCUCCUCGUCGCCUCUCCCUCCCUCGCGGCCUCGGCACCCGCUCUCCUCCUCCUCCUUCUCGCCCUCUCACCCCAGCGGCCAUCGCUCAGUGGGAAAGCACACAGCGGGGGUAGAGGAAAAGGAGAAGGCGGAGGCGGAGGAGGCGGAGGCGGAGGGCGGACAUGUGCCGCAGCAGGCGCACGCACGCAGUGAGCAGGGAAGGCAGGAGCCGAAGAGAAUGCAAGCACAGGGGGAAAAACAGGAGGAGGUGGGAAGACAGGAGCAGGAGGAAAGGCACGAGCAGGAGAACAAUCCUGGGAAAAUGCAAGCUGCAGAGGAAAAGGGCCAGCAGAGGUCCAGCCUGGCCAGUUACAGGGUGCCACGUGGCAAGGGGCUGCUGCAGCUUCCCAAUCAGAGCGAGCCAGCCGGGCACAGUGCCUCACUGGCAUCUGCCCUGGAGCCACUUCAGCAGGAAAUUAUGCCACAUCAGGCGGAAAUUCUGCCAAGUCAGCAGCUACAGCCCAUUCACAUGAAAUCCAGCUGGCACAAUCCCGAGCUUGUACCCGAACCUGCAGGACACCCUGUUGCCGAGCCUCUUGCCGAGCCUCUUGCCGAGCCUGCCGCUGGAGGCAUGGGCAGUUGGGAGAAGCGGGAUAGGAGUGUGUGUCGGAGCAUGAGCAUGGAGAGCAGCGUGCGGAGGGGGCAGCACCUGCAGGGCAGGAAAGGCUCUACUGGCGUUGCUGCCAGUGCCUCGUUACAAGCAUCUCCGAUACAAGACGUGCUGGUGCCAGCAGUGCGGCAGCAGCAGAAAAUGCAAGAAUUCCAAGCGGCUCUGCAGUAUCAUGACCACCAACAUCUUAACCAGCAGCUUCAUCACCAACAGCAACUUACUCAGCUUGAGCAGCAUGGGCAUGGGCAUCAGCAGAAGGAGACCACGAGUGGCACGAAACACGGCAGCACAGGUGGGGGUGGAGCACCCGUUCCCAAGCACCGCCGCCACCACACCACAGCCGCACCACAUCCCCUUGCUCACGGCACUGUCCCAGACACCACCGCUGCUGCUGCUUACCCACGCCGUACCACUAACGCAACCCCGUGCCUGAGUGCCUCAGAGCACAGUGCUGGGAGCCCUGCUGUCAGCCAUGCAGCAGCAAGCCCUGCAUCUGGGGAUGCUGGUGGGGUGAUAGAGUACCACUGGGCCAUGGCGUCCCUGCCCGACCACGGUGCGCUGCGUCCUCGCACCGCAUCGCCCGAAAUUGACUGGGACAGGUUGGACAAGACGCGCAUGUUCGUGGUGGGCGCGGGGCUCUUCAGCGGACUGACCGUUGCGCUCUACCCGCUCUCCGUCAUCAAAACGCGCCUCCAGGUCUCUCCGCUCCCGCUCUCCGCUGCCCAUGCCGCCCCCGCUUCCGCUCCCCCUUCCUCUUCCGCUGCCGCUUCUGCUUCCCCCGGCGCGGGCGCGCCUGCUGCUCCCGCAAGGCCUGCGGCGCAAGCAGCAGCCAAUGCAGGGCUGGCGGGAGCAAGCGGGGUGGCGGGUUCGGGGGGAACGGGAGCAUCCCGGGCGGUGGAGGGGGGGGGAGCGGAAGCCCGCGUUAGUGGGAAUGGCGCGGCGGCAGCAGCGGUCACUGCAAGAACAGGCGGAGACACAAGGGUAACUACAGCUCGCACGGAGGGCGUGAGGGGGUUCUUCCGCGGCAUGGGCACCGUGGUGGCGGGUAUGCUCCCCGGGCGGAUAAUUUACAUGGCCGUGCUGGAGGCUGUCAAGGCCAACACGCUCAAAGGGAUUAACGGGGUAACGGAUCAGCCUGUAGAGGGGACGUCUGACGUUGCUGUCAGCACGAGCAGUGGUAGUGGCGGCAGCAGCAGCAGCAGCGGCAGCAGCGGCAGCAGCGGCAGCAGCGACAGCAGGGGCAGCAGCACGGGCAGUGGUGGGAGCAGCGGGAGCACUGAGAGCAGAGGUGGCAGUGGCGGUGUGGUGGGCGGCACCGGGCGGUGGCUGCAUUUGUCUGAUACGGCAGCAGCAGGGCUGGCGAGUGCGGUGGGCGGCAUGUGCGCGUCUCUUGCCACCCAGGCCGUUGUUGUGCCCGUGGACGUGGGGAGUGGGGGAUUGGGGGAGGAGGGAGGGGAAAGGGAGGGAAGGAGGAGGAUUGCCAUGUUCUUCAUUCAUCCAACCUCCCGCCGUUUUCCCCUCCCACAAUUCUAUUCUCUUUCCCAUCUCUUCCGUCCCCCUGCCGCACUCUCCCUUCGUCCCAACCCGUCCCACCCUCGCACGUGCCGUGCUCCCUUUUCCCACCCGCUCCUCCCACUCGCCCAUCAUCAGAUCAGCUCUCGUCUCGUGGCACAGCAGGGCGACCUGCCGCACCACGCCACCAGACCUGCACCCACAGCACCAGGAGCGCCGCUAGCAGCUUCCACACCAGCAGCGGCAGCAGGAGCAGCAAGACCAGGAGCGGCAGCGGCAGGAGGAGGGGCAGGGGCAGGGGCAGUGCGGUAUAAGGGGGGGGUGGAUGCACUGGUGACGAUACUGAGAACGGAGGGGCCGCGUGGGCUGUACCGUGGGUUUGGGCUGUCGGUGCUCACGUAUGCUCCCUCGGGGUUCAUCUGGUGGGGCACCUAUGGCGCCACGCAGCGCCUGUUUUGGAGUUCGUACGACCGGUUGUGGGCACCAGCAGGCGGCGCAGCAGCAGCGCCCCCACUGGCGCUGGUGGUGGGCGUGCAGGUGGGGGGCGGCAUGUGUGCCGGGCUGGCGUCCGCCCUCGCCACCACCCCGCUUGACACCGUCAAGACGCGCAUUCAGGUGGGGCGCAGGAGCGGAGCAGCAGUGAAAGUGGCAGCGGUGGUGAGGCAGCUAGUGGAGCAGGACGGGGUGAGAGGGCUAUACCGUGGCUUCGCCCCUCGCUGUGCCAGCACCAUGCUCUGGGGCACGGCCAUGGUCUCUACCUACGAGUAUCUCAAACGCCUAUGUGCGAAGGACAGCACUGAUGAGCUUUGA